AUGGCGAUCUCCUCAUAUAUCUCGCCACCUAUAUUCUCAUUGAAACUCAUUAUUGCUGUGCCAUUCUUGGUAUUCUUAUUGGGACUACUUUAUGUCGCAUACACUGUGAUUUAUAAUUUGUUCUUUCAUCCUCUAAGAAAGUUCCCUGGGCCAAAGCUAUGGGCUCUCCACUAUGGCUUUUACGCUAGCCAUGAAGUGUCUGGUGAAGGCCAUCAAACGAUGUUGGCAAUCCAUCAAAAGUACGGCCCAGUUGUCAGAAUAGGUCCUACUCAUCUAGCCUUUUGCCACCCAGAUGCAAUGGAAGACCUUGCAGGUCAUCGUAAACCUGGCCAACCUGAGAAUGGAAAGGAUCGCGCUCGCAACAUGACAUCGGUGGGCUCAAUAAUUGGUGCGAACCGUGCCGAUCAUGCCCGACUCCGUAAGAGCAUGGCAAAUGGUUUUUCGCAGCAGGCAAUGGUCGAUCAGCAACCUUUAAUUUCAUCUUAUGUCGAUAAACUAUUUGAAGCUAUGGAAAAAUUCAGUGCGACAGGGGAAGCAUUUAACGCAGUUGCCUGGUACAAUUACACAACUUUUGACAUCAUUGGCGACUUGGCCUUUGGCGAACCCUUUGAGUGUCUUAAGAACUCUAACUACCACCCUUGGGUAUCUUUAGUUUUCCAGGCUGUAAAAAAUAUGGCAAUUGACUCGGCAUUCAGGCGUAUGGGAAUACUCUAUAAUGUUCUUGUUUUGUCAAUCCCAAAGUCGCUUGCAAGCAAGUUUCAAGAACACCACGAGCUAGCUGCAGAGAAGGUUCGCAAAAGGCAAAGUAAUGACAGUGAUCGAAAGGACUUUAUGACAUCAAUGUUAGCAAAGAAAGGAAAAGACGCAUUGACUUUCGAAGAGCUCAAACUCAAUGCUAGUCUUCUCGUUAGAGCGGGAUCAGAAACAACAGCAACGGUGCUCUCUGCAGUCACUUACUUCCUUGGCACCAACCCAGAGCCAAUGAAGAAGCUAUGUGAUGAAGUCCGGUCCGCCUUUACAAACGAGGAGGAGAUUGAUCUCUUUAGCGUCGGUCGCUUACAAUACUUGCUCGCCGUUCUGGAUGAGGCAAUGAGACUUCAUCCAGCAGUUCCUGGUACGAUUCCACGUGUCGUAAAUCCUAUGGGCGAUACAAUUGCAGGCCACUUUGUUCCCCCAGGAACUGCUGUUGACAUCUGGAAUUGGACUACCAACCAUUUCCCCGACUACUGGGCUCAAGCCGAGGAAUUUAUCCCAGAGCGAUGGCUGGAUGACCCACGGUUUGAGAAUGACAAGAGGAAAAUCUUCAAUCCCUUCUCGGUUGGCGCUAGAGUUUGCCUUGGUAAAAAUCUUGCGUAUGCGGAAAUGCGCCUCAUCGUGGCUAGGCUCAUUUGGAAGUACGAUAUUGAGAUUCUCGAUGAAAGUAUUGGAUGGGAUCGUAGAUGCAAGUCUUACAUUGUGUGGCAGAAAGGACCACUUUAUAUUCGCGUAAAGCCUAGACAAUGA